CAGGCUCCAGGGAGCCCCGGUGCCGGCUGGGUAACACUCAUUGUCUCCUUAUUCACAUUUAUAACAAAUAUGACAGAACCUAAAGUUGAUCCAUACACUGGUCUUGGGUUCGAUUCCCCGAGAGCCCAGCCUCAUCCUCCUGCAGCACUCCUGGCGGCGCGGCCCACAUCUGUCAUGGCUGCCUUCCCCUUCACCGUCCAGCUCUUGGCAAUUAUUGGUGUGACGGCGGGGGUGCAGGUGGGACCCAUAAACCUGAUACACAACCGUACCUACAUCGCCUACGAGCUGGAGUCGUCACCACAGCUCAGCGUUAUCCAGUGCCCAUACACCCUCCAGGAAGACGAGACUGUAGACUUUAUCUCCUGGGCGCUGUGGAGUGGCGAGGACGCAGUCGGCACCUACGUGUGGUCUCCAGAGGAACUUGGAAAAUCCAAUGGUAGUCUGUCUGGCGUAGUUAACGAGAACCGGGAAGACGGGGACCUGGAACUGAUAGAACUCCGGUAUGACCUGGGAGGCUUCUACUCCUGCUCCGUCACUACCACCACGGGCGAGGUUGUCGACUCGGAGAAAUGGGAAGUUCUUAUAAUUGACACGACUUCUGGAGAGCUGAUCAUGAUAUUUCAAGACACUUUCGAAAUUCCAUGCACAUUCAACACGUCCGCUAAUCUGUACGCUGUAUUCCCGGAGCCUACAGCCCACGCAGGCUUGUACUCUGAGACCUCGGGCGGCUUCUACGAUGAGGUCACAGACAGCCAGUGGAACAAAGUUCUUUACGAAAACACCUCUGUCGCUUACUCCUAUAGAAACGUUUUAUUUCAAUUCAACGAGGACACUCCUUAUGACGUUGUAUUCCUCUUUACCUACGGUGUCACCAAAUCUGACGGUAGCUACAUCCCUCUAACGGAAAUAGUCACUGAUGAGAUUGACUGGCACUUUCGGGGAUGUCCUGCUAUGUUGAACGUGACCAGUCAGGUGGAGGAAUACUCUUUAGGGAGGAAGACCUGCCGCAACGAGUACAUCCCCAGGGAAGGCGUACCUCAGGUGAACGUGACCUGUGUUGAGGGUUACCACUCUGAGACCGUUGUCACUCCUCUGGUCCUCUUCUGCGACAGUGAAACCUUCCACUGGGUCACUGAAGACGGCGAGAACAUGACUGAUGUGGACCUUCAAUGUCUUGCUGAUGAAGGUCUACAAGAGCCACUGGCUCUUCAACUUAGGUCAUGUAAGCAGCUCUUCUACACCUCCUGCAGGGUCUACAAGAGCCACUGGCUCUUCAACUUAGGUCAUAUAAGCAACCUCCUGCUGGGUCUACAAGAAUUACUAGUUCUUCAGCUUAGCUCAUGCAAGCAGCUCUUCUAUGUUUUCCGCAGAAGUUACAGAAUUAGGCAAGGACUGACGACGGGUGUCAAGGUGUGGCCAAUACAACUGGCCAGCAACAACACCUACAUCUCAUACCAAGGACAGGACACGGAUAACAGCCUUCUUGAGUGCCCCUACACGCUGGAACAAAACGAGACUCUCCAGUCGAUCUCCUGGACUCUGUGGAAUGGCGACAAGGCCUCCGGCACCUACGAAUGGUCUCCAGGGAUGCCUGGAGUAGCCAAUGGUAGUCUGUCUGGCGUAGUUAACUUGAGCCGGGAAGACGGGAACCUGGAACUGACAGAUCUCCGGUAUGACCUGGGAGGCUUCUACUCCUGCUCCGUGAAUACCACCACGGGUGAGACUGCCGACUCGGAGACAUGGGAAAUUCUUAUCAUUGACACCACCGCCAACAAUAUAUCCACCGCUCAAAAUAGUACCGUAGCAGGCUGCACCUUCAGUGUGUCGGCGAGUGUGUCCGCCGUGUUCCCGGAGCCCAGCGUCGAGGCCGGCCUCUACUCCACAACCUUGGAAGACUACUACCAGAAAGUCCCAGACAGCCACUGGAAGAGAACUGUCAACAAGAACAAAUCUGUCUCCUACUCCUUCAGCAGUUUCACUUUUGUGAUAACGAAGGACACGCCGUACGAUGUCCAGUACCUACUUACUGUUGGUGUUAGCAAGAGUGACGGUAGUUACAUCCCGCUCACCACCGUCAACAACACAGCUACCUCUUGGAGUGUCCGAGGAUGUCCUCCAGCGACUCACCUGCCCAACCAGAUGGAGACUUACCAGAAGGGCAUGAAGACUUGCCAUAAUGAGUACAUCCCGAUAUCCGAUGCCCCACAGGUCAGCGUGGCGUGUGCUGCAGGCUACCGCUCUGACAUCAACGUGACAUCACUGUUAUUCACAUGCAGCAAUGAAACCUUGAGCUGGGAGACUCAGGACGGAAUGAACAUGACAGAUGUGGAUCUCGAAUGUGUUACUAAUGGAGGAGGUGGCGGUGCCGGCGCUAUGUAUGUCUUUGGUUCUUCAGCCCUGGUCAUGGGAGCAUCUCUUCUCUUGCGCCUCCUGCUGGAGCUGCAGAAAUAAGCAAGGUUAUGGGGUUGCCCUCUCCCGCUCACUUCUUCAGAUUACCAGCUGUAGAACAUGUUCAUUUUAUCCGUUUUGAACCUGUUCACUGUACCAGAGGUUGAACAGGUUCACUGUACCAGAUGUUGAACAGGCUCACUGUACCAGAUGUUGAACCUGUUCACUGUACCAGAUGUUGAACAGGUUCACUGUACCAGAUGUUGAACAGGUUCACUGUACCAGAUGUUGAACCUGUUCACUGUACCAGAGGUUGAACCUGUUCACUGUACCAGAUAUUGAACAGGUUCACUGUACCAGAUAUUGAACAGGUUCACUGUACCAGAGGUUGAACCUGUUCACUGUACCAGAGGUUGAACCUGUUCACUGUACCAGAGGUUGAACAGGUUCACUGUACCAGAUGUUGAACCUGUUCACUGUACCAGAGGUUGAACAGGUUCACUGUACCAGAUGUUGAACCUGUUCACUGUACCAGAGGUUGAACAGGUUCACUGUACCAGAUGUUGAACCUGUUCACUGUGCCAGAUGUUGAACAGGUUCACUGUACCAGAGGUUGAACCUGUUCACUGUACCAGAUACUGAACCACGUCUCCUUUUGGAAUAAAACCAGAUUUCUUUAUUAUUUAUUGAUUGAUGUUUUUAGCCAUCUUGAGUAUAUACGAAAUUAUUAUUUAUACAACUUAUAUGAGGUAUAUACGAAAUGAUAACUACAAUUGUAACGUUUGUAUAUGUAUUUACCUAAGAGCCAGCAUCUUUAUAAGUGGCAUCAGUGGGGUCAGGAAGCUGGCUGUUGUAUGUAGGGAAUGUUCUGCAUUGUAUUCCUAUGUAUGUGGUAUUUCUUACUAUUGUUUCAGCACAUAAUGAUUAAUUUAUUAAUUGUUUACUUAACACUCUGGAAUGUGAUGAGAAAGGACCUCUUGCAUGUGUAUGAGAGCCGAUUUUGACGAGACUACGUCUAUAAAGAGUAGUCGAAGCAGGAAAAGAUUAGUUUAGAAAGACCAGUCUAUACAUGACACUAGAGAACAUUGUUGGUGUCUGAAGACUUAACGCUUCUUUUGUGUUCUUUUAGUCUCUCAUUAAGACUAAGGCCAGUUUCACCAAAGGACUGGAGAGGACAAGAGGAGCAGGGCACAGAAUAUACACCAGGAGUAUUGGGAGCAGGAGGAGCAGUGCGAACUACUGCUCAUUAUAAAUAGUAGCUGCCUCGUAUGGGCCAGUAGGCUUUCUGCAGUUACCUCUAUUCUUAUGUCCUUAUGAAUGCUGUCUCCCUCGGGCCUCUAGUGAGGCUCUGGUGCACAUAUUCCUGUGCAUAGUUUCCUUUAUAGAUUAAUUAUUGUAUUUAUCAAGCAUCGUUUUAUAUCAUAGUUUAGAUAAGUUGUAGUUAAUUAAAAGUACUAGUGUGUAUGUACUUAUACUAAUUUCUUUGAUCUCUUUUAGGUUAUUUAAUUUAUUAUGUACCCUAUACCAAUCCUGGGACGAUGGUGGAAAGGGUUACAGAGGCACAUAAUGGACUCAGGAACAUUUAGCAAAGUUACAAUCUAGAUGAGCUCUCUGUGAGUGAAAGUAAUAUUGCAUUGUGCUUGAUUUGUGGAACUAAUUAAGUGACGGAAGUGGCUGACCAAGUGGUUCCGGCCGUUACUGGUGUGCAUCUUUAAGUUUCAGCCAUUAUAUAGUGAUAUAAAUGAGGAUCCCUCUACUUGCAUGCACUGAUAUUAUUAAUUUCACUCAUGCAUUGGAUAUUGUUUACAGCUAUAUCUGACGUUUUUAUUAUGAAUAUGAUUAACUUUCCAUAACUUUAAACUUCAUUAUCAUUGUUGCAUGACUUAUUAAAGGGAAUAAUAGCUGUUGUGUGCUUAUAAUUAAUGGGAACUCUCCCACAUUCUGGAACUGGCAGGAGAAAAUAAACAUUAAUUAAUGUGUGCUGGCAAACUCUUCAGAUCAUGUUUAUAUGUUACCAUUUAAGCUACAAUAUAUAAUCAGUGAGUUUUUACUGAUUUUGUCUUAAGCUUAACUCACUUUGUUAUCUCUCCUGUAUACUUCAGUGCAUGUAGACACCACCGUCGGAUUUUCCUAGAUGUCCUUAAGCCAACUUCUCAUUUAAAUGGACCAUUAUUGUGUUUACGUUUGAUGAGAAAUGCUAAGCCCUAUUUGGGUAUGUUAAAUUAAUAUCUGAGGAAAUCUUUACCUGAGGCCCACUAUCCCCAGAGGCGGACUUUAUAAGUAUUUGUGUUAUCAUAGCCUAGUGUUAUAUGUCUGAGUACUUAUGUUGCCUUCGUCUCUUGCUAUAUAUGUAAAUGUAUCGGCACUCUUUAUUGCCUAUGUAAAUUAUUUGUUAUAUUAACAAUUAGUCUAAGUGUAACUAAACAUUCUGUGAUUAAUGUUGUCAUUAACUAUCGUGCCAAGAGGAAUUUUCAGAGGUCCAAACGUACUGUAUUAUUUAAUGAUGUGACAGAUCUCGCAGACUCAUUCCCAUGUAUUGAGAUGAUAGGCUGUAACAUUUGUUAGUACACUCACUGGUAUAGGUGAGUGUAUAUAUAUAUACUCGGAGUGAUGUAGGUCAGUGUAUCUACGUUCAGAGCAGUGUAGGAGAGUGUAUAUAUACUCAUAGUGGUGUAGAUGAGUGUAUCUACAGAGUAGAUGAGUGGGUGAGUGUAUAUACGCUCAGAGUGGUGUAGAUGAGUGUUUCUAAACUCAGAGGAUUGUAUGUAUUAGUAUUGCUACACUCAGAGUAGUGUAGGUGAGAGUAUCUACACUCAAAGUGGUAUAGGUGAGUAUCGAUGUUCAGAAAAGUAGGUGAGGGUAUUUAUACGCUCAAAAUUUUGUAGGCGAGUGUAAUUACACUCAGGGCAGUGUAGGUGAUUGUAUCUACACUUAGAUCAAUAGUGUAGAUGAAGAUGUCUACAUUCAGAGGGGAGUAGCUAUGUCGAAUGUUUCUACACUCAAAGUGGUGUAAGUGCAUUUACACUCAGAUCGAGUGAUAGAUAAUAGACCCGAUGUUGAAUUAUCGGGGGCAUUCUGAAUUAAUGUGUGCUUGUAUUCCAUUGCUUUAAUUAAAACUCCACUGUCAUUGUACCAAUUUCGAUAUACUGCUUGUUUCCAGUAAAUCAAUCCUCUUGCUUAGUGUCGUAUGUAAUAUUUAAGUGUUAAAUAAACAAGUCUAACUGUUA